AUGGCUAAUGUUCACGAAGCUCUUCAGCCUAUCCAGUGGCUCAUCGGCACAUGGCAAUCCGUGACAGCUAAGGGCAGUUAUCCGACUAUCAAGGAUUUUUCCUAUAACGAAAUCAUCACGUUCGAAUCCCUGGGACAACCGUUGUUAAAUUAUGAAGCACGUUCGAGCCAUCCCGUAUCUGGGGCACCAAUGCAUCUUGAAAGGGGAUUUCUUCGCAUAAAACCAGGCACCAACCAAGUUGCUUUUAUGGUGUCGCAUAAUUUUGGAAUUGUGGUUUUGGAAGAAGGAGAAGCAACUGCACGUGGAAUGCAACUUUCGUCGAAAUCUGUUGAUCGAAUGUCCUUUGGAAAGGACCCAGCUGUUAAAGCGAUUCAGAAAAGGUAUCUUCUUCAUGACGAUGGAACACUAGAAAUUCAGACGGAUAUGCAUACUAACAAUACGCCAAUGACCAACCAUUUAAAUGUAAUAUACAAAAAAAUAGAUUGAUUAAAUGUUUUCGAAUGUGUUUCGAUACAAUGUUGUCGUAUAAUGAACAUUGUAUUGCUAUUGUUAAAAGAUGGUUAGUAUAACUAGUACAAUAUAUUAUUUGAAAAAUGGUGUUGGUGUACUAAAAGGAAAAAGAACAUUUACAAUAGAUUCCAAAUUUAGCUCUAA